AUGGGUAACUCAUAAUAAUCACCUAAAUACAUAAAUAAAAACGACCAUCUAAUAAGUAUCUAUCAUAAUCUAUAUUUAGAUAUCUUGCCACAAAAACAACUAAUUGAGGACACGCUUGACGAAAGCUCGAUUUUUAAUAUUGCAGACGUAAGGUCUCCGAACACGGAAGAACUUAAAUCUACUGCAAGGGAGGAUCUCAGGAAGGUUUCUGACAUGAUAGAAAUGGAUUAAGGAAAAACAAGAAGUAAGAUAAUUCAAACUAAAAAAGGAAUGAACGUCAUUUUAUAUGAAAGUGAAUUACCUUCCAGCUUUGAACUCUUGAAUUAAAUUCCUUUGAUCAAAAGGGAGAAGACUAGAGAGUUAUUGAACUCUUAUGAAUCCCCUUCUGGCCACAAGGCUUAAGCAUUGGGCAGUUAACCAAUUGUCCAAUUUCUUAAGUGCAAUGAAAGACUUACUUAUCAGGGCCAAUGGUUGAGAUAAUAGAGAGAUGGAUUUGGACUGUGUUUUUACUAAAAUGGUUCAAUCUAUGUGGGCAAUUGGGUCAAUGAUUUAAGGGAUGGUCAUGGAAGAAUGAUUUUGGAUAAUAAUGAUUAUUACACUGGAUUUUGGAAAUAAGGAAAGUAUCAUGGAUUUGGAACUUUAAUUAGUUCUGAUAAUUUUUAUGAAGGCAAUUGGGAAGAUGGAGAAAAAGUAUUUAAAUAUUUCUAACUUAGAAUGGUUAAGGAUUGGAGAUCAAGGCAAAUAAAUCAAAAUAUGAAGGAACAUUUAAAAAAGGAAAGAAGCACGGAUCCGGAACAAUCAAAUAUAUUGAUAAUUAAAUAUACAAAGGAGAAUUCGUGGAUGGACAAUAUGAAGGACAAGGGGAAUACCAUUGGAAUGAUGGCAGUCAUUACAUUGGAGAAUGGAAAUGUAACAAGAUGCAUGGAAUGGGAGUGUUUACUAAUAAAGCCAAUGAUGUUUAUAAAGGUAUAAUAUUUUGUAUAUUGUUUUAGGAUCUUUUGCUGAGGAUAAGAAGAAUGGAAUAGGGAUGUUCAAGUGGAGUAAUGGCACAAUCUUAAAGGGAAUCUGGGUUAAUGGAUCACUGGAUGGCUAGGCAACCAUAACUAAGCCAACUGGAGAAUCCAUUAUUUUGUAUUAUAAAAAUGGUUAAAAGAUUGCAUGA